AUGCCUUGCAAUCAAAAUCCUUUUACUAAGUUUGAUAACUUAAUUAGACAAGGUAGGGCAAAACGAACUCUAUAUGGAAUUUAGAUGGAUUUUGAGAGGAUAGAGGGAAGUCUUCAGGAAAUAUAGCCAUUAGUUAAAAGGCCCAUUUUGUCUUAAUAGGAUCCUCCUACCACACAAUCUAAGGAAGCAAAUAGAAUUGAUAACAACAGUGUUUCAAAUUUCUGUAAAGAUUGUUAUAGAGGUACAAUAAAGAGCUGGACCAAAGUAUGCAAGAGUUUUACUAUUGAACACUUGAAAUAGACUUAACAACACAACAUAUUAUUAACAACCACAACAUAUAUUUGUUAUAGCAAAAGUAGAUUGAAGCUAAUAGCAAGAGAUAUUCAAUUGUGUAUUCUAUUUCAAGAUAGGAAGCACAAUAACAAUAUUUUUUUCACAUUGAGGCUUUUGAUUGAGAGCAAGAAGAAUAAGUUCUUGGAAUAUCUCAUUAAAUACGAAAGUGUGAUGGUGUUGUUUUGCUGUGACUCUUAUACAUUCUGCUAAAUAAUGGAUACAGAAAGUAGUAUUUUCUCAAAAGAUUGUUGCAACUCUAAUGAUAUGAAGAAACUGACCUGGAGAAUGAUGUAAUUCAAUCUAAGUCAAAUUGCAAAGCCGACCAGUUAUUUGAAAAUUUUGUGGAAGUACAUUAAUCAUUGUAGUGCAAGCAUCAAAAAUCCAGAAAAUGCAUCAUCUCAAUCAAUUACAAGAUGGUUACAUCAGUAAUUCAUUACUAAGGUAAUUUGUAAAAAUAAUGCAGAAGACAGCCAUCAUGAGUAUUUACACUUUACUUAAUACUGAUGGAAAUUAAUUCUCCAAAAAAGAUGAAAGUUUAGACCCUCAAGGAUUGAACUUUUACAUUUACAUGCUCCUUCAACUAAUAUUUCAUAAUUUUGAGUUGCAAUUAUCAGUUUCAAUUUCUUCCUGA